AUCAUGAAUAGACUAUUUUAUGUUUUGUGUGUGGUGAUUAGUAGUAUUGGUCACAUAGUUGAUGGUCUUGCCAUUCUUAAUGAAGAUUUUGAAUUGGAGAGACAAUUAAAUGUCAUCAAUAAAUCUCCUAUCAAGAGUAUUUAUACAAAAUCGGGAUCCAUAGUUGAUUGUGUUGAAAUUAACAAACAACCUGCUUUUGAUCAUCCUCUGUUGUGGAAUCAUACAUUGCAGCGAAAACCGAGUUUCAAAACAAGCGUGAAGAUUUCAGCUGGCAAAUCAAGUUUUCCACUUGAAAAAGUUGAGUGUCCAAAAGAGACCGUUCCUAUUCAAAGAACGACUAAAGAUAGUCUCAUUCAAAGCAAAUCUUUAUUCAACGCUCAUAUCCUAGAUCAAAAUAAAUUCCGUAGUUUUGGAGCUUAUGCAUAUCAUAGCGAUGCUAUUCACUAUGGAGUUAGUGGAACUACUAAUGUUUAUAAUCCAAAAGUUUCUAAUGGCCAAUCAAGCGAAAGUUCUUUGUACGUUAGUAAUGGAAUUGGAGAUGGUACUAAUGUGAUCGCGGUCGGAUGGCAUGUGUAUCCACAAUUAUACAAAGAUGAUAAAACCCAUUUAUUCUCACUUUGGACGUCGGAUAAUUUUAAGUCGGGAUGCUUCAAUGCAUAUUGCGGUUUUGUUCAAACAGACCGUUCAUAUUUUCUUGGGUCAAGCAUUGAAAACACAUCAUCCUAUGGAAACCCACAUGUCGUUCAGUUCUCAACUUCAAUUUACCAGGAUGAAAAAACACAAAAUUGGUGGUUGAGCGUGGAAAAUAAGGCAAUUGGAUACUUUCCAGCACAUUUAUUUUCUAACUUGAAUAAAGCUACUGAAGUGGGAUGGGGUGGUUUAGUACAAAGUCAUCCAGGUGUAAGUGCUUCUGAUCCUCCUAUGGGGUCAGGACAUUUACCAGAUGGGCAUGUCCUUCAUUCGGCCUAUUUUAGCCAUAUUCAAUUUAUAAAUGAUAGAAGAGAAGAUGUUGGCCCUGUCUAUGGUGCGGUAAGAACUUCAAGCAAAGCCCCUGAGAAAUGCUAUGGAGUUAAAUAUUAUGGCUAUAAAGGAAAAGAACUUGGGUGUAUACUUCUAUUCGGAGGACCAGGGGGUGCAUGCGGAAAUUAAUUGUAAUAAACAAAAUUUUGAUAUGAUAUCAUAAUAAAUAAAAGAAUGAUUGUAAUCAAAAUAAAAUAGAAUAAUGAUUUUGUUAAAAUUAA